AUGACAAUUUUGAUAGGGAAUUAUGCUCUCACUGAGAAAGAUUGUGACAAUAUCCGUGCAUUUAAGUUGAGAUUCAUUCUUGAUGUGCCUCGCAGAGCAUUCAACCACAUGCGUGAGAGCUUCUCCCAUAAGAUGGAUAUUGACUCUGAAUGGGUCAUUUUACACCACAUGGCAAGACUAACUGGAGUUCAGCCAGUGUGGUAUGACUGUUGCAUAAAUUCUUGCAUUGCAUAUCUGGGGAAAUAUCUGGAUGAUACAAAGUGUUCAUUCUGUGAGCAUCUGCGCAAGCAGCCUACAGGCAGAGCUUUCAGGCAGUUUUGUUACUUGCCUAUAAUACCCAGACUCCAAGGGUUCUUCAGGUCAGAGAGAAAGAUCAAGGAGAUGAAUUACAGGGCAAAGUUUGAAAAGUCUGAAGACAUGAUCAAUGAUGUCUUUGACUGUGAGCAUUAUGAGAGACUAUGCAAGACUAAAGUGGUCAUUGAUGGGAUAGAGAAAUCCCACAAAUAUUUCUCUGAUCCCAGAGAUAUUGCAUUGUCAAUCUGUACAGAUGGCUUCUUGCUGUUCAAC